UGAGUCGACUCUUCAACAUCCUCCUCUGCUGGACUUCCUCCCUCGCCUCAUGAUAUGCCCCGUGCCACACAUCCCGGCCAAUCUGCCCUCAGAAAUCGCAACCGUGUCACCAAUAAGACUCGCCUCAAGGUCAUCAAAGACUCCAUCGACGCCGACCCCAUCGUCCUCGAUGAAGAUGAGGAGAAGGCCCGGGUUGUCUCUACAGCAGGUGUGGACGCUGAGGAUGCCAACGAACAUCAUUUGCAAGCGGUCCUCAACGCUGCCGCCUCCCGCCAUCAGGCGGCGCGCACGACGCGCGCCGCCGAGAAGGAGAGUGCUCCCGCCGCUUUCAUCCCAACGCCCGAUAGUACCGGCGUAGUUCAAAAUUACGACCAGCUGUACCCCUCCGGGAGGUGGAAAGACCCAGUCACAUAUGUGAAGUCCUCCGACACCAUCGAGGAAGCGACGUCCUAUGCCCUUGCCAAUGGCUUCAUCUAUUACAUGGAUGAGCGCGACAAGGACUGGUUGGACAAGAACAACGAAGAAGCUCGCGGCGAAGGUACCAGCGCCCAAGGCGCGCUCUCCGGUACCAGUACGCGCUCCGGCCGUAGCGCGAAGUCCAAGGGUAAGGAGCCGGACGUUGUUCAGCCUGUCGUCAUGAGCGAGGAUGAGUUCGAGCUCGUCAUGUGCAUCUUUGAGAAGGUGACGCACGAGAAAACAGAGUUCCUCCACCAUGGUGUUGAACAGGGCGCUCCCUUCCCGCCUUUCUCGGACUAUCAGGAUACGUUCGCCUCACCCUUGAAACCCGAGCUGUUGGCGGUGUAUCACGUACCUGACUGGGUCCCUCAUCCGCAACAUCUCCUGCGGUUUGCUCGUGUCAUCUACCCGUACUGGCGAGAACGCCGCUUAGAGCGAGGCGGUCAUCGCAUUAUACCCUCCGUCCUCCUUGAUGAAACCGAUACCAAGAACGAAUCCUACAUCUGCUUCAGGCGGAGAGAGAUCAAAGCCGUACGCAAGACCCGAGCGUCGCAGGCGUCGUACUCAGAUCGCAUGCUCCGUUUGCAAGGCGAACUCGGAACUACCCUUGACCUAGUGCGGCUUGUACACCAACGUGAACAACUCAAGCGCGAGUCCCAGUCCCAAAACCAUUAUCUAUGGGACAAGCGGCAUGUUCUGGCGGAUCUCAAGCGCGCUCGUCCUUCGCUUGGUUCAAAAGAAGACGAAGAACUCUACCUCGACCGAGAGCGUCCACCAAAGAAGCCGAAGGUGGAGCAAAGUCGCCCCUCCAAGCCACGCCCGAGAGAGACUGGAGACAUGGGUUCGCCUAUCACACACAUGGAGCCACAGAUCCGCCCCAGGGAGCGCGAGGCUGCUAUCCGAAGCGCAAUCGACCACGACCUGUCGAAGCGCAAGGAGGCGGACAAGCAGUGGGAAGAUGCCAGCGAUUUCCCCUACCAAGCCUCUCCAGCACCUUUCGGCGCCCGUCAGUUCAAGUAUUUCGGCAGGCCACCGUCGACAACAUCUUCCGCAGCGUCGACCUUGAGCGACGAGGAGCCUGAGCAGCACCGUGCAGUGCGGCUACGACGCGGUCGCGGCGGUCGUUUCUUGAUCGAUCGUCACGUAAACGUCAAGCUACGUCCAGCGAGCUUUGGGGACGACGAGGAGGCCAUGGAUCGUCUCAAGAGGCUGGAAGAACGGUAUCGGUACGAUGACGACGAUAUUCCGGCUGUUGGCGCAGGCGGUCCUGACGAGCAGGACCGCAAGUUGAUUGAUGCAUGCCAAGCAAGUCACAUGGCCAUCGCCAUGUCGUUGUUCAGCGAAGCUGACCACAAGCUGCUCGCGACGGACCCUUCGCUUCAUGUGACGACGGCGGAAGGUCGCCAAUCCAUCGUCUGGCCUUUCCAGCCCGGCCAACCAUGCCACAUUCCUCUUCUGCGCGCCCCAAUCCCCACCGCCCAACGAACACCAUCUGCCCUUCCCAUUCCUUCCAUUACCAACACGCCUGUCUCGGCCAACAGCGUUAGCGGUACGCCAAUAUCGGUCCCCACACGAGCAAGUUCUCUUGCGCACUUGCGCAUCUCAUCCGGAGGUGGCAUUCGUGUUGUCCCCGGGGGCACGCCCAAUGGCGCACAGCACUCGGCGUCUCCACACGGCACGCCUCCAUCCAGUGCAUCGGUCAACGGUUUUGCAGACACUCAGGGACUUGUUGGCGAUGGCGUCGAGCAGAAGCCAAAGCCACCAAGCCAAUCGAGCCCCAACGGCGUCCCGACCCAUUCUGAUGUUGCGGCCACGUCGCUGACAUCCCCGACCCCUGCUCCCGCCAAACCUCUCGUUUCAACCGCUGCCGUCAACAUACCCAAUAUGCCUAACGGCUAUUCCCUGCCCGCGGCGAACGCUUAUCAGGUCAUGCCCAAGGUCGGCUACAUGCACCAGGGCCCGCGGCAUAACGGACAGAUUCUUCAGCAAAUGCAGUCGCUGCUCCCCGACAACAACGUGAACAUCUCCCUCCGUCAACCAGGGCCAUUCAUGAUGCCCAACGGCGCCUAUCCUAUGCAAAUGGCCGGCGCGCGGCCAAUGCAGUGGCCCGUGGCCGGGCAGCGGUCACCGCACAACGUUGGUGUGGAGGGAGUCGGCGGUGUUGAUGGUACGGGUGCGCAGAUGGGCGCCGGGUCUCCUGGGCGUGCGCCUUCUGCCAACGGCGUUCGAACCCCUCAGAUCGCGCGCAGUGUAGCUAUGGCGGGCGCGAACCACGCGUUGGGUGGGAGCCAGGGCAGGGCGUCACCGGCGGGCAUCGCGCGCCUAACCCCGCACUCGCCAUCGCCGCACGUCCUCAGCCCGAACAUGGCCGCCGCGCAGGCGAACGUGCACUCCUCGCCCACGCGCGCGCCGCAGCCCGCGAUCCCGACGCCGUCGCCGUCGUUGCAGACGCGACAGGUGGUCGGGGGGUCGGGCGCCGCGGGGUACUGAUGACCGCGCUAUGGACUAUGAUCUGAUCUCUCUCUCCCCUACUCCGCCCCAUAUGUUCGUAAACUAGGUAGUCGCUUCGUCGUACUGUGUAUUCUUAUGUUGCAUGGAACUGGUCUAAUUCGUAUAGUCAUGAAUACAGCCUGCGUUACGCGCGCU